UCCCUAAUUGCAUAAAUGUCCCACCGUCUUUCCAAAGGACACUUAGUCAUGAGGCCCCUUGCAAUUGCAAGAGGCCAGAGAACAGCGCCAAGCAAUAGCACCUGGCCAACAGUGGGUCAAGGUUGCGCGCGUCCGCCGCCAGAGGGCAGCGAGAGCCCCCUAUCCGUGCACGCCGCGAGCGCCGCCAGUGCACACGUCCGUCCCGAGCGUAGGGCGUCACACGGCUGGGCGCUCUGCAGACUUCCUGGCUCUAGUGCCUCGCUCCCUCGCUCCUUGUGCUGUUGUCGGCGGCAGUGGUGGGGAACUGUGGCUGUGGGGACACUCUGGUCUCUGCCGCGGUGGUGUGCAGUGUGUGCUGGCGUUGCUCCCGAACGGUCCUUGGGAUUUAAACAAAGAAAAAACAAAAAGAAAAAGAAAAAACAAAAGUUUGGUUUGCUUAAUAGCACGUGGAUUUCCCAUCACAUCUGGAGGUGUGAAUACCCAGAUGAUGAAAUAAGGACGAAGUUUGAUACUAAAUUCAACGCAACACCGCCCUUACAAGCCGCCUCCGAGGCCAAGCCGUUCAUCCGCAAGACGACCACGGCGCCCCGGGAGUUCCGCGAGGGCGAGGACGUCCUGCUCACGUGCGUGGUGACCAACCUGGGCAACCACACCGUCUGGUGGAGCCGCCGCGAGAACGGCGAGAGGAAGAAGAUCCUCACCAUCGCCGAUCGCAGCAUCACCUACGAUGACCGGAUCUCCGUGUUGCAUGACCGUGCUCCCACCUACAACUCUUCAAUCUUCACUCAAGGUGGCGACGUGUGGGUUUUGGUGAUCAAGUCAGUCCAGCUGGAUGACGCAGGAGUUUACAUGUGUGAGGUCAACUCCAACCCCAUUCUGACCUCGCAUUACGUCAUAUCCGUUAAGCCGAGCAACUCCUCGGAGCCGCAGGAAAUCGCCCUCAGGUCCAACCACAACUACACCCAGUGCUGCCAAGAUAACGGGGUGAUGUCCAAGUGCCUUGGCUUCUGUGCCAUCCACAACAUCCUGGAGGGCACGAGCGGCAUAGAGCCCGAAGCGUGUGAGAGUUACUUCCCAGCCAUCGUUCGCUGUAUGGCAGAUAUGCGCAACCACGUGCCGUGCUGCGAGAAGGAACGCGUGCCGGACCUGUGUCAGGACCUCUGCCGGGGAGACUACACUAUCCAGGAGGACAAUAUCAAGAAGCACUUUUCCUGCACUGCAUACACGGAGGUCACGCUCAUGUGCAUCUCGGAAGGCGUAGAAAUCCUUCCCAAGGCCCCGGAGUCGCCAAGCGUGACCGUGCUCGGCCCCAACUCAAUGAAGGUGCAGUGGAGCCCCCCCAGCCCCGGCACCCCGGCGCCAGAGCACUACGUCGUCAACAUCACCACCAUCACCAAGUUCGACCCCCCUGUCGACGUCACUGCAGCCCUGGCCUCGGGCGAAGGCGGCUUGGACAAACACGAUGACCUCAAUUAUCUUCCUAAACAGACGCAUCUGAAGGUCUCAGCCAACCGCACCGAGGUCGUGGUGAGGAACCUGUCUCCGCUGACCUGGUACGAGGUGUCCGUCAUCUCCCAGAACCGCCACGGGUCCUCGCUCGUGCCCUACAGCCUGCGCGCCCUCACCAAAGCCCAGGAGACGAACAAAACGGAGAUCGUUAAUCCCGAAUUGCCUGAUAUCAUGGGAUGUUGCAAUGAUAAAGGAGUCAAGCAUUACAGAUGCAUCAAGAACCUGUGUGACCCCAACACUCGCUACAUCACCGAGCCCGACAUGAUUGUGUGCGCGCCGUGGGCUGCCGAGACCUUCUCCUGCCUCGCCAACGACGUCGACCACUCCGACUGCUGCAUGGAUAGGGGGCUGCCGGACCUCUGCGUCGAACUCUGCUCGGGGAAUGUCACGAAGAUUGACUACAAGUAUUUCAAGUGCGUCGACUACUUCACGGACUACCGGAGCUGCCUCAUGAAGGGCUACAACGUGCUGCCCGGGGCGCCUGCGGCCAUUAGCGUCACCAACGUCAACCCGACCUUCGCGCUGCUCCACUGGCGGCCGUCGGAGAUCCACGCCGACUCCAUCAGCGCCUACCACGCCUUCUUCCGGCCCAUCCAGGCGGGCCGCGGGUGCAAGAGCGACUGGUUCAUGGAUAACAUAGAACUGGCCUACCGAGGCAUCUACACGGACAGUCCCCCGUACGUGCUGGAGCACCUCUGUCCAGAGACCCAGUACGAGGUGUACGUGCAGGCAGUCAACACGUACGGCACGAGCGAUUCGUCCUCGCGGGUGCUGUUCCGGACGCCGUCGCUGCAGCAGGAGAAGCGCCUGCAGGACAACACCUACAACAUCACCAGCUGCUGCAGGAACGUCAACAUCAGCCCCGGGUGCAUGCCGCUCUGCGACUACAACGCCCGCAUGUCACACGUGCGCGCCCUCGCCUCCGUCUGCGCCGGCGAGCUGAGCAGCCUCCUGCGCUGCGGAGUCGGCGGCCGCAACCACCGGCCCUGCUGCAGGCGGCGCGGCGUCCCCGCCUCCUGCCUCAGCGUGUGCUCCGGCUCCUUUACGUCCGACCGCGCCACGCCCGCGCUCUGCAUGCCCUACAUCGGCAACAUCAUGAUGUGCCUCGAGGAAGGCGUGGGCAUCUUGCCUGGCCCCGUGACGGACCUGCACGCUACCAAGGUGACAAACGGCUCCGUCACCCUGGUGUGGCAACCUCCCAAGGAGAACGUGACGGUCAGCGCCUAUCAGAUCCAGUACCAGAGCGUGGACAAGCACUCUGCCUCCAAGGUCAUCUUUAACCUUAAUAACACAAUCAACGUGACCAACACAGCAGUGACGCUGGGCGACCUCACGGCUGGCAAACUCUACAACAUCUUCGUGAUCUCUCUGAACGAGGAGGGCAAGUCGCUGCCUUCGUCCGUGCUCACCAUCAACGCCACCGACGGCGCGCACUCGGAGGGGGUCGUGGUGGGCGUCCCGUCGGCGCCGCACAGCCUCGUGCUCGACAGCAAGACGGCCACUUCGCUCACCAUCGUCUGGCAGCCGCCGGAGCUCGCGCAUCCCACGGACAGCUUCACGUACAAGUUGCACUUCCGUGCCCUGGGUUCUCCUGACGAAGCAGACGUCUACAAUGCCACGGUGACGGGCGCGACUGCCAAGCGCCUCGAGGAUCUCACGCCCAACACGCAGUACGUCCUCUACGUCACGGCCAUGAACAGCUUCGGGGAGAGUCGGCCUUCGGAGACGCUCUUGGCCUGGACGGAUCCCGCUUAUCCUGCGUUCGUAGAGACUCCGACCGUUCACCCAAUCAACCUGAUCGUGGAAGGCGGCACCAUGACUGUGUUGUGCAUUGCCAUGGGAUCUCCUCCUCCCACUGUGUCCCUCUAUAUCACCGGCCUAUUGAUUCACCAGGAUGUGACGCGUCACAUGGUGACUGUGGUGCACAAUGUGACACGCGACAUGACCGAGAUCUCUUGUUACGCCGACAAUGGCUACGGGACUCCGAUGCAGACAUCCAGAACUAUCACCAUCUCACGUCGUCCCCAAGUGACAGCCCAGGAGACUGUGCAGGUCGUGGCAGGUCGUUCAGUCACACUAGAGUGCACGGUGGACGCUUGGCCCGUGCCUUCGCUCGUGUGGUGGAGAGAUCCUGACGGGAGAGUGCCUGUCAUCCACGGCGGAAACUACGCGAUUAACAAAAUAGACGACUUCAAGGGCGAGGGCACGUACCUCAUGCAGCUCACCAUUCGCUCCUUCAACCAGUCCGAGGGAGACCGCUAUUACUGCCACGCUAGCAACGCCUUCGGCACGUUCACGCAGACCAUCAAGCUGGAGAUGGCGAAACCCCUCAACAUUCAGAUUGAAGUGUCCGAGUGCUGUCGGGUGAGCAAUGUGUCUGAUGCCUGCAUGGACGCCUGUUCCUUCGACGAGCUUGACUUCGACCGCGUCAUGAACCGAGAGCAGUGCAUCCCCGACUUCGGGAAACUCAUGAAAUGUGCUGCAGACGGAUCCGACCACCGCAGCUGCUGCAGCCAGAAGGGUGUCCCGACGCAGUGCCUUGACUGGUGUCGCGGCGAGCCCGUUGUCAGUCACCACCUGUGCCAGCUGCAGUGGGCGCCCCUCAUCUUCGCCUGCUUCAAUGAGGGACAAGACGAGCUCCCCGGCCCGCCGCUUCACGUCCAGAUCGUGAGCGUCUCCUCCUCCACAGCCAGAGUCACUUGGGAACCGCCUGUCAAAAACCCAGACACCGUUGAAUUAUACAGGGUGUUCUGGCGACCACUUGGAGAGCGAGCCGCGCGCAAGAACGACACUUCGCAGACGGACAUCACGAUCGCGGGGCUGAAGGAGGGCACGAUCUACGAGAUAGCAGUGAAGGCCGGCAACCACAAGGGCACGUCCGUUCUCACGCCGACCCUCACCUUCACCCACCGCGUCACGUACGUCACAUCCGCCUCGACUCACGGUUCGAGCGUGGCUGUGGCCGUGGGGGUCGUGAUAGCGGUGGUGCUGCUGUGUGUGUGUGUGGUUGUCGGGAUCUUCUGGGCACGCAAGAACAAGCUGCUUUUCACCAAGUCCGCGUCCAACGGAGGAAUCUCCUUCGAAAACCCAUCUUAUAUUCGGGAACAAAAUGGAGACACCGUGCAGAUCGCCGAGACCCCCAACGGCAGCCUGAACGGCAACAUCACCUCCGGGAUGAACGGCGGCGUGAACGGCGGCAUGAACGGCGGCAUGAACGGCGGCAUCUCCCCCACUGACGUCUCGGGCGGCGUUUGGAACACCCAUAACGUGACGUCAUCGACCCCCGGCUUCGAGGACGACCUGCCGAGUAACGGUGGCUACAGGAGGUUUAAUAGCUAGUAACAUUUAGGUCGAAGGGCGGCGUCGCGCCUCUAAGGUUGUAAUAUGUCUCGUUUUUGCUUUUUUAUCUCGACAUUGAAACUGAUAAAAGAAUAUAUAUAUUUUCGACGAUUAAGGAAAGUCUGAGACGGCUCCGACACAAAACAAGAAAAACAGAAAAGUAUAUAUAUAAUUUGUUAGUGAAACAGGACCAAUAUAUAGCUGUUCAUGUAUACAUAUAUCUUUCUGAUAAAUAGAUUUCCGUUUUUUUCCUAAUGUAAGGUGUAGAAUCAAAAUGUUAUCUAAUAAUCGAGUGACAGUUAAGGGCAUGCAAGAUGCAAUGCUCUGGACAUUUUCACCUCCUCAAGAAAAGCUGUCAGAACUUUUACUUUGACCUUUAACUGGAUGACCUGUUCACUGGACCGAGCGCACGAAAACAUAUCAAAACGAAUCGAGUGAUCAUUUUCAUGGCUGUCCGGACUCCUCCUCCUCCUACCCCGCCCUUUCCUGUAUGAUGUUUUGAAAGGAAAAUGCAAGGUAAAUUACCCGGUUCAUCUGUGCAAGGGGGGAAACGUACUCAGCAGACGAGAAAAGUGGAAAGCGAGACAAUCAGUAUUAGCAAACACGGGAGUGAGAGAAGCGAUACACGCCAGUGAUUCGAGUUCAAGUGUCUGCAAGCGCAAGGAAAAGGAAUAUUGGCGAAAGGGUGAAAUUGGAAAUAUGUGAGUUUGAAACAGAGUAAAGAUGGAUAUGUUGAAAUGCGGUGUGAGAAAAAAAUAAGAGAGAAAAUAUCGAAAUUUGAAUAAAAAAUCCUCUUUGCAGUGCCUAUAUCACCAAUGAAAUACCAGCCAGAUAUUAGAAAUUGAAAGGAUAUUCUCGAGAAAGGAUUUUACGUCAAUGUGGAAUAUAGCACCUAGUUUUGUGAGUGUUUGUUCGUCUAUCCUAAAGGAAAACCGGAGACUCUUUCAGAUAUGUUUUGCAGGAGCAUAAUAAGAAAAAGGUGAAUGUUGCGUGGGAUAGUUUAAGUGUUAUUCUAACUCUCUUGUCAGUGCCUUCAAAAAGACAUUGACUGCCCUCACCUGUACGGCACACAUUGCGGAAAGGAGGAAGCGCAGUUAUGUUUCGGAUUUGCGUGAAACAUUGCUUGAUUUCAUCAUCCAAAAUUGUCUAUUUAUAUGUCAUGUAUAUCGGAGGCUCCACGACUCUAAUGCCGCUCAAUCUGAGUGACUGCAAAGCGGAUCAGCUUGCAAAUUGUGGUUCUUAACUUCCGCAAUGGUAUAGCUAGCAAAAAAAGGGAAAAAAAAAAAAUACAAAACGAAAAAAAAAAAUCUUAGUGAUUUGGGGGUUACAUAUGUUAUUUCUCCACUAAAACAUUUGCAUUUCAGAACAAAUUUAAAGUUGUAAAAAAAGAAAAAAAGAAAAAAGAAAAAAGGGAAAAAAUAAAUUGA